AUGUCUGUCCCGCUUGUCAAAACGCUCCUCUUUUCCACUCUUCUCGCAGGCAUAGCUCAUGGGUUUGUCCCCAUGCCCAUCGAUGCCCUACCUUCAAAUCUUGAAGCCGAUGGCUGGUCUGCUCUUACUACCCUGGAGCCGGUCACCGUGUCUGCAUCGCAUUCGGAACCAAGUGCUACCGUCACACCGUCACCAGAGCUACAAAUCCUCCCGGUUCUUGACCCAAAUAUGAUUCCAGAUCUCAAGCGUCAGGUCACCGGUCAGGGACAGGCAGAGGCAGCCACGGCCCUCAGCCAAAUCUCUCCCGUCACAACAUACUAUGCCAACUCAAUGGUGGAUGGUACUGCCGUCCAAGUUCCUGUUGUGUACACUCAGACUUUCGCUCGUAUUCCUGAUCAAUGGCCUUUACCCACUGCUGGCUCGAUUGGAUUGGGCACUAUUCAAGGCACUAUAGGAGUCGUUAAAUCCAAGAGAGAACUCCCGUCCCCACGGCCUUAG